UUAAAGGGACGAGUUAGCGGUCUAGUGUUAUAAUAGAAGUCUGUGGUGGGAUCUUCCAUAUGUCUUCGCAGAGAGGCUUGAAAGAGGCAAGACGAAUCGCAGACUCGUUAGGCUUCCUGAGGCGCCGAUAGCAAUUGGAGAGGGGCGCCUAUAUAAAUGAUACCACUCUCACUCCUUGUCGACCAGUUCUCAGGGUGCGUUGCUCCCACGUGCUUUCUACUCAGUGUUGCUCUAUUUUCGUUUCUUUCGUUUCUUUCUUUUCCACGUCUUCUCUCGAAAAGACCGAAAUCAAGAUCUUUCCCAACAAUCAAGCCAAAAUUCAAGCAACAAUGAGCACCAACAUCCUCGUCCGGAUUUGUGGGCCGAAGCUUUUGCGCACCGCGAUGACCGAGCAAAAAUCUUGGAUCACUGUCAGCAGGUGUCUUAGUAUCACUAUGUCGCGCAGUAUGUUGAAAGAUUCGCCAAAUGCGGCGUUAGAUAAAUCUCUAUUGCAAAAAUAUCUUGAUCUACCUCAACCGGAAAAUGCGAUCCAGGCAAAAUAUAUCUGGAUCGACGGUACUGGCGAAGGAUUACGUAGCAAGACCAGGACCCUGAACGUUGUGCCGAAACAUCCAUCCGACCUACCUACGUGGACUUACGAUGGCAGCUCGACAUACCAGGCCGACGGUGCCAACAGUGAUAUAUUCCUCUACCCGGUAGCGAUUUAUAACGAUCCCUUCCGUCGCGGUAAUAAUAAGCUCGUGCUAUGUGAUACCUACUAUAGCGACAAAACACCAACGAAAUCAAACAAGCGGUAUCGCGCAAACCAAGCGAUGGAGUCUAUUAAGGAUCAAGAGCCCUGGUUCGGUAUCGAGCAAGAGUAUACUCUCUUAGACUUCGAUGGUAGGCCACUUGGCUGGCCUAAGAACGGCUUUCCAGGCCCACAGGGUCCUUAUUACUGCGGCGUCGGCGCCGAUAAAGUGAUCGGUCGCGAAAUCGUCGAGGCCCAUUACAGGGCCUGCCUCUAUGCUGGUGUGAAGCUCGCGGGAACUAACGCCGAGGUGAUGCCUUCGCAAUGGGAGUUCCAGGUGGGACCGUGCACGGGUAUCAAUGCCGGAGAUGAUCUGUGGAUCGCCCGAUUCAUUCUGCAGCGCAUCGCCGAAGAAUAUGGUGUGAUCGUUAGCCUAGAUCCGAAACCAGUGGAUGGCUCGUGGAACGGCGCCGGUGCUCAUACCAACUUCUCGACGAAGGCGAUGCGCAGUGAUAACGGUAUCGCUGAAAUCGAAAAGGCGAUCGACAAGCUCAGCAAGCAACAUCUCAGGCACAUUCAGGCGUAUGAUCCGCGCGGAGGGAAAGACAACGAGCGCAGGCUGACUGGCAAAUGCGAGACCAGUAAUAUUCAUGACUUCAGUGCUGGGGUAGCCAAUCGAAACGUCAGCAUCCGCAUUCCCCGUGGUGUUGCCGAGGAGAAGAAGGGUUACCUGGAAGACAGGAGGCCUAGCAGCAAUUGCGAUCCCUACUCUGUCUGCGACGCCCUGGUCCGCACCUGUGUACUCAACGAAUAAUAAAAUCACAGCGAAGACACACCGGAGCGAUACGCACAUACUUGUAUACACCCUGGAGCGUACAAUUACUUAUAAAAUUUAGAAAUUCUACCUGUUUUUCUAUUUGGAAUGAUAAUUAUUGUUGAAUUCACCUUUUGAAAAAGUAACAAAGUUUGAAAAUUUAACAUCUUAAGUGUCGUUCGAGACAUCUACAAAAACAACAUUCGCCAUUAACGAUAAAGUAGGGCAUUGUCGAAAAAGAAUCGACGUUUGUCGAUUAUAAUGUUAUAAGAAUUGAUUCAGUUCUCUUUGCAUUACGGAUAUGAUUGUUAAUAGAGAAAACAUAGUAAGUCAUUGAUUUGCGAUCAAUUCUUGAAUUGUCAAUGCAGUUGUAUUCAUAGUCAUUCAUAUAAAUAUUGGGUAUAAUUCUAAUUGUAAGUCGAGCUUGUAGUUAUAAGGCAAGACAUAUAUAUUAUUGUUCACUAGUAUAUAUGUUAUUGUUUUAUCGCAUUAAGUUCUUUUACAAGGCUUGUCUUUUUAUAAAUUUUAUAAUGCCAUUUUAAAAAACAAUAUCAAAACAAUAAGAAAAAUGAAGAAGUUUGUAGCUACGUAUUAUUUGACAAUAUGUUAUUUGACAUCAAUCCUCAUACAUCUCUUGCAAAAAGGAGAAUGUUAAAAGAGGCCCACAAAGGUAUAAGUAAAAAGGAAAGUGUUUUUUAUAGAUUGUAACCUUCUGAAA